AUGAUGGGUAUGCCAAAAAAGGAAAAAGUCGAAGGACCGGCGGCGCCCAGUUCUUUACCCGAAGGCGACAAGGGAUGGGACUACGAUGAGAAUGCGGCUCCAGGAAUCACGCCUCAGGAUUACUUCAUUCAAACGACCUUCAUCCAUCGAAGCGAAAACAGACAACAGAAAGAUUAUGCAGAAUUGGUUAUGACGAAACUCGGAGAGCUUCGUGACCGAUUACGGAAGAUGGCAAGAGUAACUGUAGACAACGAAGUAAUCUCAUGCGUUGAAGACUCGGAGCACUAUCGAUGUGGGGACUUUAAACGCGAUUCCAGCUACCACUACUUGGUUAUCGAAGACUCUUCGAGUGGUGCUGCAGUCUAUUCCUUGGAGCGCAAAUUGAACGGAAAGAACUUAGGAGCUAUCGAAAUGGCAUUGUUGGACGCGUUGUCUCGACAUUCUCCGAGUCCAUUGACGAUCUAUGCCACACCGGAAGCAGAGCGAGAAAUUGGAUUCGUACGGGCACUGACACCGGCAGAACUAAAAGCGGCCAGCAAGCCAGCACCUCUCGACGUCGAAGUGUUCAGUCCUACUGAGAUCGAUCUCAUUGACACUGAUCUACUGGAGUUGAGGUGA